UCCGGUCUGAAAGUUUGCGAUCGGCACGAGUCAGCACCAGGUUGUUCUAAACACCACAAUAUCACAGGUCUCGGCUGGCUGUAUUCAUCCACAGAGAGACACAAAAAUACCUGUCAGGUAAAGCAACACAUGCGGUAUUGAAAUUCUCUACGAAGACGAAAUCGGGACUUCCCGAUUAAACUGAAAAGUUUUGAUCACUCGGCUCGCGUGCACCAACAACAACAUUCUCCCCCACGUGUGCUGGUGAUGCUGACUUCUUAACGAGCAGGAUGGAAGUGGAGCUGGUGGGUCAUAAGAAGAAGAAAAAGAACAAGAGACAUCUCACAGCAGAAUUGCCAGAAGCUACCGAUUCACACCCCACACGUGAUGUAGAAAGCGUUCACGAGAAGCAGAACAAGAAAAAGAAGAAAACCAAAGAAAGUGGGAGUGGCGAUGGCAGGACAGCCGAGCUUCAGGCUGAUGGGGCUGAGAGAAUGAUGAAGAAGAAAAGUAAACAUAAAGGAGAGAAGGUGGACGUGAACUCCGCGAUGCUGGAGGACAGUAGUCGUCAAGAGAGAGAGGAGACGAAAAAGAGGAAGAAAAGAAGAAUCGAGGAGACUGAACAUCUCGAGCGGGACAAGAAAAAGAAGAAAACGAAAGUUAGUGGUAGUGGCGAUGGCAGCUCCUGGUUUCAGGCUGAUGGGGCUGAAAGAAAGAUGAAGGAGAAGAAAAUGAAACACAAAGGAGAGAAGGUGGAGGAGGACUCAUUGGUGAUGGAAGAGGACAGCAGUUGUCAAGAGAUGGAGGAGACGAAAAAGAGGAAGAAAAGAAGAAUUGAGGAUACGGAGCACCCAGUAGAAAGAGAAAAGGGUGCAGAGGUGACUGUCACACCCCUGCAGACAAGCGGUGAAGCAGCAGCAGGUCAGAAACCUGCGAAGAGGAAUUCUGAAAAGCCAAGGAAGAGAACAGAGACGUCACCUGCUACAGGCACACAGCCACACCCAGGCAAAGCACUAAAAGGAAAAUUCUAUGGGCUGAACAAGGAAGCCAUCUUGCAGGAGAUCAAGGAGUACAUGCCUACCACGGUCACAGAUUCAGAAAGUAUAUAUCAGUUCAAAAUGUAUGAUCUUCCUCGUUUCAGGGAAUUUAAGAAGCAAGGUAUCCCGAUACGGACAAGGAAGUUUACUCAGGCUGAGAUCAAGCGUCUCAAACAGAAUGUGAGGGACUUCCUGGCUCUAUCGGGUAUAGAGAGUGAGACUAAGCUCUUCAUGCCUCAUCGCUUCCCAGACGAAAAGGACAUUCGCAGGCGGAGGAGGAAGCUGGGAUUCAUCAUGUGUUUGUGUGAAGGGAUACCACGCCCCUCCCUCAGUAUACGACAUCGAGCUAUGCAUCUGUUCAACCGGGAGAAUUUCUUGGGCAGGUUCACAGACAAGGAGAACCAUGACUUACUAAACCUGUACAAACUGCAUGGACGUAAAUGGAGUCUCAUCUCCGAAAAGAUGGGCCGCAGUCCAUCAUCAGUGCAUGGACGUUUUCAAGUGAUGUGUGAGGCUCAUGGGCCAUGGACAGAGGAGGAGCUUAGGAUCCUGCUGACAAGUGUUUGGCAGUAUCUGCUGAAGCGGGCAACACCAGGUGAGGAUGGCAGCAUCGGCUCUGCGGUCGUCAAAAAAGUGGAUUUGUACAAGCGACUUCCCUGGAUGAAUGUGAGCAAGCAGGUUCAGACUCGUAGUUGGUUCUACUGCAGGAGAAAAUGGAUGACCUAUCUGACAGGUAAAAUGAGAACCGGCAGCAUCAUCAAAGGCAGGAAGACACUUGAGAGUCAAAUCCAGCUGAUCAAAGCGAUCAAUGAAAUGGUUGUGGAAGACGCAGCAGACAUUGUGUGGGAUGACCUCACUCAUCUGUUUGGGAACGCACACCCGGCCUAUUUACAGAUGAGAUUCCACCAACUGAAAGUAGCCCAUGUACCAGGAUGGAACACCAUGGAGGACUUCUGUGAUGUCAUCGACCACCUGUACGAGAAGACGCUUCCUCAACUGGAGGAGGAGCUGAAGAACUGCAGAGAGGAGGAGGAGGAGCCAACUGAGGAGAGAGACUCCUAUAGGCUGUCUGAGAUCUUCCCUGACCUCUGAUAGGCUGUCUGAGAUCUUCCCUGACCUCUGAUAGGCUGUCUGAUGAGGAGGGGGAGGGGCCAACUAAGGAGUGAGACUCCUAUAGGCUGUCUGAGAUCUUCCCUGACAACUGACUCAUUGA